CUUUUAUUUUGAAGAGCAUGGACCGGGAAAAAGAAGGUGGUUCCGUGCUGUGUUUUUUCAUCGGGAUGACAACAGAGCUGCACGAAAGCAGCUGUUUUUCGUUACUGAACCGUAUAACAGAACCGGAACCAGGACCGGGUCGAGCCGCCGUCAUGUCGGAGCUGGAGACGCAGGUGUGCUCCAUCCUGGAGAUCAUGGUCAACGCCACCGUGUCCGAAAUGAGCAGAGUUCUGGGCGGCUGCGGUCCAACUCGUCCACAAGUGUCAACAUGUGCGACUGAAAACACCAACGGCUCCUCGGAGGAGAAGGUGAUCCAGUUCAGUGUCUUCAUGACGUCUUUGGCUCAGGAAGCCGUGGAGCAGAUCUGCCAACUUUUCCAUGAAUGUUCCUCCAUACUGCAGCUAGAAGUGACGCAGGGCGUGGCUGAGAUGGAGGACCUGAGGAGGCGGCUGGAGGAGGCGGAGUCGGAGCUGAAGCUGGUGCUGGAGGGCAGCGGAGGACAGAAGGAGGUGGAGGAGCUGACGGAGGGAGGCAGUGGAGAGGAGGAGGCGGCCGGGAGGAGUCCGACCAGCAGAGGAGGAGGAGGAAAUGUUCAGAACAGCCAGAGAUUAGGGAGGAAGAGUCGCAGAGUUGGUGGUGACAGUGCAGUCAAGAGGUCGCCUAUAGUCCAUCUGUGGAAGGGCAGAACUUAUGAGGGCAGUGUCCAGCCUGUUAUCAUAAAAGAGGAAGGACUGGAGGACUUAGCUGACCAGGCGUCUUGUGAUUCUGGUCAGUACAGAGACGAGCCCGGCCCGGAUGAAGACGACGACCCAGACUACCAGUUGGAACCAGAAGAUCGCAAUGACGCAGACCCAGGCUACACCACCAGAUCCAAACGCGUCGCCAAGCUCAAGUCGCAUCGAGUUCGAGCCAAAAAGGACAGUCCGAGUCCGAGGGAGUCGCUGAGCUGCAAGUACUGCAGGAAAACCUUCACCAAGCUGCUGCAACUCAAAGCCCACCAGGCCAUCCAUGAGGCCAACGCAGAGAAACCCUUCAACUGUUCCCAGUGCGGCCGAGGAUUUUCCUUCCAGCGGAGCCUCAACGCUCACAUGUUGCUUCACACAGGUGAGAGACCCCACACCUGUGACAUCUGUGGGAAAGGAUUCACUCUGAAGCAGCUGCUGAGGAACCACCAGCGUCUCCAUGCCAAUGUGCGGCCGUUUUGCUGCGAGCAGUGCGGCAAGAGCUUCUACCGAGCACACGGCCUGAAAAUGCACCAGAUGGUCCAUACCGGGGAGCGGGCCUACAACUGCCAGUACUGCAACAAGAGCUUCACGAUACAGGGCAACCUGCAGCGCCACCUGCGCAUCCACACGGGCGAGAAGCCAUUCAGGUGCGAGACUUGUGGCAAGAGCUUCAACCAGGCCGACACCCUGAAGGGCCACCAGCGCAUUCACACUGGCGAGCGUCCGUUCAGCUGCGAGACCUGUGGCAAAUGCUUCAUCCAGAAGAGCGCCCUGAAGAUGCACCAGAAGACGUCCCACCUGGACGAGAAGUCGCUGGCCUGCGUCGCCUGCGGCACCACGGUGGCCUGCGUCGACUCGCUGCGCAAACACAUCCAGACGCACGCGGCCACCAUCCCAUGCACGUGCGUCCUGUGCAGCCGGCGGCUCAACUCCAUCACCGAGCUGCGGUCACACCAGCAGCACCACACGGUGGACCGGCCUCAUAGCUGCGGCGUCUGCGGGAAGAGCUUCAAGUCGUCCAGCUACCUGAAGAUUCACCUGAAGACACACAGCGGGGAGCGGCCGUUCUCCUGCGACAUCUGCGGUCGCAUGUUUACCCAGCAUAGCAGCCUUAAAUCUCAUCAGGUGGUCCACACUGGGGAGAAACCCUUCAGCUGCGACACAUGUGGGAAAUGUUUCAGCAACACUGGCAACUUGAACAGACACCAGCGGAUCCACACGGGGGAGAAACCGUUCAGCUGCGACACGUGUGGACGCAGCUUCAACCAGGGCAACAGCCUGAAGGCCCACCAGCAGAUCCACACCGGGGAGAAGCAGUUCAUGUGCGACAAGUGUGGAAAGAGCUUCUCCUACCUGAGGAACCUGAAGGACCAUAAGUGCUUCUACGUCUGAGCGGAUGGACUCGCUGGGACUUACAAGGAAUAAAUGAGCGGACCGACUGCGCAGAAUAAAUGAGUGAGUUUGCAGUGAAGGUUUUCCAGAUUUCUCUGCCGUGUUGAAGAUAAUUAUGUGUUGGAGUAGCUGGAAAAUUAGCAUCACAGCCUCACUGGAGGAACACUGCAAGUACAAACAGACUUUUAGUUCUUUGGAGACGAAGCUUGCUGAUAAAUGUGAGGUAAGUGGGCCAAAAUUUAAAGUUUCAAGCCCCAGAAGUCAAAAUCUGUGUUUUUGAAAUUGAAAAAUGAUCGGUACUCUGCAGUUUCAAGGUGGAAAUGCUCGUCUGCACCAUUAACUGCCUUUAUUUUGCUCACAACGUUUGUUUUAGCAUAUAAAAAACACUACAUGGACAUAUUAACAUGGUACAGAUAACAUCUUUGAGGAAAUUGCAUUAAUUUUUCAUACUUUUUCAUCUUUUAAAAGCCAACAGAGUGACUCUAAACGUCCCUUUAAAUAGAGCGACUGAAUAAUUACUCAUUUCUAUGCGAAACUGAAGGGUCUUUUUUGUCUCGUGAAUAGGGACUUUCUUUAUAAAAUGACUGUUCAGCGUGGCUUGAUUCCAGUCUGUUUAUCGGAGGUAGCAUGAACAGUUUUACCAGCAGUAUUCUGUGGGCAGCUGUUAAAUGAAAUCCCUGGUCUGAACUGUAAUAACUGAGGCUGUAAAGGUUUUUGUUGUAUGUAGCUCUUUCUAGGAUUUUGAACUGAUAUUUAUAACGGUGAAAAGUGUUUUACUGUUCUUUUACAGGUGAUGAUCACAAAUACAUACGUAAACGAAA